AUGAAUUCGGGCAACCCUUUAACUAAUGACAGUGCUGGGUUUAAGAUUAAGGGAUGGACUGAUGAGUCUCAGUAUGGCAACAAAGAGCCCAUAGAAUACAGGGAUGGGGAUGCACUGGCACUUGCGCUCUUCCUUGCGAACCUCGAACUUACCAUUAUCGGAACCUCUCUAGUGUCUAUAACAAACGAUCUUGAUAACUUUAUAAAGCCAGAAGACCGAUGUCUGACACGCCGUUUCCCCUUUAUAACGGCGUUACUAGCCGGGCUCUUAAUCUGGGCGAAAAUCGGCGAUCACAUAGGCAGUACCUAUGCAGUAGCCGUCGUCAUGCUCUAUGAAUUGAAGCCGACAAGGAAACUACCACAGAUUGCGGCCGUGUUCGCUGGUGUGGCUGCAGCAUUAGUAGUCUUUUUCUCAUACUUUAUUAACAUGGGAGUCUUAGCAAGUAUUCUUAUAUCCAACACUACGUACCGAGGAUUACGGCAGACAAGACAACAACUAAACUUCAAGACGAUUGACUUCACUGGAGCCUUCCUCAUGCUUGCGGCACUUGCACUGCUAAUUUACGGGCUCAAGCGGGCUGCGAUAUUACUCUAUUGGACAUCUGCGACAGUUGUUGUCCCGAUCUGGAUUUCCAUUACUCCUGUAUUCCCUUCGCGAUUCUGUCAAAAUCGAGAGAUAGUGGGCUUGCUCGUAAAUUCGUUUAUAACGGGCUCCGUCAGUAUAACAUGCAUCAUUCAGCUUCCUACCCGGUACCAAACAACAGUAGGAGCCAGCCCUCUGCAUGCUAGCGUACGGUUACUUACUCUCACCACUAUUCUUUCAAAGAAUCGACGCGUUCCCCCUAUAUACAACGAUUGGGAUCCAAUAUACGAGCUUGAACUUUUGACCGGGAUUGGAAUGGGUAUUAGCAGCAGACUCGUAACAUUACUGACACCGUAUAUCGUAGAAGACUUAGAUUUAGCAAUUGCAUCAGCCGCUAAAAACCAGUUUUGUUUCCUCGGAAGUGCCUUCGUUGUUUCUAUCACAACUACUACCGAGCAGAAUUUUGAAAUGACAGUAACUAUAGAUAAACUUUCAGAACAGUUAGGCUUCAAUGUCCAGAUGCACAUCGUACUCGGAUUUGCAGUUGCUUCUAUAUUCAGCAUAGGGCUCACGCGGCGAAGGUCUCAUGUCAGAGUGGAUUAA